AUGGCUGUGGACAGCGGAGACGUCAACGGAGACGAGGCCACGACGGCGGCAGUGCCCAACGAUGGCGCCGCCUCGACCGCGGCGACCACCACCAUCAACGGAGUCGACUCCCCGCCGUCCGAAUACCCCGACCUGUCUCGGGAGGCACGUGCCCAACGAGACGACUACAUCCGCAACUCCACCUACGCCAAGUCCGCGUGGGAGGCGGGAGGGGUGCGCUUCGCGCCGGUGCGCGUGCCCCUGGUGCGGCGGCUGCAGACGGGCGCGGUGCUGUUCCACAGCAUGUCGAUAGUCAUGUUCGUGUCCGCCUUCUGGUUCACGUGCACGAAUCCGCUGGCGUGGCCGCUGCUCCUGGCGUAUCUGAUCCACCUGUCGGUCUCGACAGCCGCCACCGACGGCAACCUGUCCUACCGUUCCGAGUACCUCCGGUCGCUGCCGCUGUGGAGGCUCUUCGCCGGCUACUUCCCCGCCGAGCUUCACCGCACGCACCAGCUCGACCCGUCGCGCCGGUACAUCAUGGGCUACCACCCACACGGCAUCAUCUCGCACGGCGCCUGGCUGUCCUUCGCCACCAACGCCUUGGGCUUCGCCGCCAAGUUCCCCGGCAUCACGAACAGCCUGCUCACCCUCGACUCCAACUUCCGGCUCCCCUUCUACCGCGACUGGCUCCUCCUCCUCGGCAUCCGCUCCGUCUCGAAGGAGUCUAUCGCAAACACCCUCUCCAAGGGCGGCAACGAUGGCCAGGGCCAGGGCCGCGCCGUCACAAUCGUCAUUGGCGGCGCCAGGGAGUCCCUCGAGGCGCAGCCGGGAAAGCUCCGCCUCAUCCUCCGCGACCGCAAGGGCUUCGUCAAGAUGGCCCUCCGCACCGGCGCCGACCUCGUCCCCGUCCUCAGCUUCGGCGAGAACGACCUCUACGAUCAGCUCAGCGCAAAGCAGUACCCCGUCGUCCACCACCUGCAAAUGUUCAUCCUUAAAGUCUUCAAGUUCACUCUCCCCGCCAUGCACGGCAGGGGCGUCCUCAACUACGAUGUCGGUCUCAUGCCCUACCGCCACCCCGUCAAUAUCGUCGUCGGCAAGCCCAUCCGCGUCGAGGGUACCCACGGCGCCCACCCUUCCCAGGAGGAGAUUGAUCGUCUCCACGGCCUGUACGUCAUCGAGGUCCAGCGUCUAUGGGACACAUACAAGGAUGAGUUUGCCAAGGACCGCACUGCUGAGAUGGAAAUCAUCUAG